CUGCGUAUUGGUCAAUACGCAGCGUAUAUAAGUGGUAGGUGCACGACCAGACAGUCAAACCUAGUACCAUGUCAAAUCAGUCUUACAUAGGGUGCGUAUUGAUCAAUACGCACCGUAUUGAUAGACUGAUUUGACCUGAUACGAUGUUGUCCAGGGCACGUGAAUAAAGUAAUACGGUGAGUAGGGAUCAAUACGCUGCGUAUUUACAUGCCAGAUGAAAGUCUAUUUAUCCCUCCAUUCAUAUCUGUUACCCAUCACCCGACAUAUACUUUGCUUUCCUUUUCAUCUUCUUCUUCUUCAGUAAAUUGUUAGUUUUUGGUUCAACCUUGUUAAAAUGUCAUCAUUUUGGAAGGAUAAUUAUUUCGGUAAUCGUUAUUCUAACGACACAUGGGGAUCAAAUGCUGCCAAUGAGGAGGAGGAGGUUGUGUCUGGAGUCCCUGUUAAUCAAGAAACACAGUUGCCAGACUUGAACAAGACUCCCACUCCACCUGUUGAUGAACCAAAUUACCCGGCGCAUCAAGUGUGUCCAGAUUACGGAUACGGGUAUGAAUCUCCGUACGUGCAACAAAGUGGAUACGGUGUUGAGAAUGCACCUGUUGAUGAACCAUAUUACCCGUCGCAGCAAUCGUAUCCGGGUUAUGGGGUAUACGGGGAUGAAGGUGGAUACGGAAGUUACAGUGGAUACGGUGGUGAUGGUGGAUACGGGGGUGAAGGUGGUUACAGUGGAUAUGGGGGCUACGGUGGAUACGAUAGAUAUGGGGGUGACGGUGGUUACAGUGGAUACGGGGGUGAAGGUGGUUACAGUGUAUACGAUAGAUCUAGGGAUGAAGUUGGAUACGGUGGAUACGAAGAACAUGGUGGAUAUGGUUAUGAGUCCCGUAACACAUCACUUUAUGAACCAUCUACCCCGGGCAAUCCAUUUCAAGUAAAUGAGCGUUUCAUGUCUCUAACUGAUUUGAAGAAUUGGGUACAAGAAACGGGAAAGGAUAAUGGUUACGUAAUUGUUACCCGCCGAUCAAAAAAUAUUGGCGGUACUACUGGGAUGGUAUGGCUUGUGUGCGACCGUAGUGGUGAACACCGUAGUAAAGCAACAGUUAGGAAAGCUGGUAGCAAAAAAAUCGGCUGCCCAUUUUCAUUACUCGCCAUCCGGGACGUGACGAACGACACGUGGGAGUUAAAAGUGGACUGUGCGAACCAUAACCACGAACCUACGACGAGUCUGUUGGGCCACGCUUUUGUGCGAAGAUUUACUAAAGCCGAAUACAAGCUAGUGGAGCAGCUAACUGCUCAAAACAUGGAGCCACGUAUCAUAUUUCAAACCCUAAGAAAGCAGUUCCCCGACAGCCUGCACGUUCAGAAAGACGUGCAAAAUGCGGUACAAAAAAUUAGAGCGACAAUAAUGGACGGAAAGAAUCCUAUUCAGGCACUGGAAAGCCUGCUGCAUGACCGCCGAUUCAUUUACGACACCCGACAAGAUCCCAAAACAGAUGUCGUAACAUAGAUUUUCUUUGUUCAUCCUUAUUCAAUCACUAUGUGGCGUGCAUUCCCGCACGUGAUGUUGAUCGACGCGACCUACAAAACAAACCUCUACAACAUGCCAUUUGUCCAGGUUGUGGGUAUGACGUCGACUGGGAAGUCUUUUUGUA